GUGGUGAAUACACACAACACGCUCGAGAGUCGAGGUUCGAUCCAGUCGGUCCAUCCAUCUCUCCAUUCAUCCCUCCCUCCCUCCCUGAUCCCUGAUCCCUGAUCCCUCAGAUAAAAGGGUUGAAGGCCGCGGUGGUAAGGAAUUCGUAAUUCCCUGACUUGGACUCGUCUCACUCGAUUCCCCUGGGCCUGACUUCGUCACUCUCCUGGGCUGGAUCAACUGCCCGCCCAACCUUCCAACCGUCCUUCAACUUGAUUUAGGCUUCCCUCUUUUUGAUCCAGUGUCCCUCUUGCCCUUGGCCCGGCUCGUCCCAUCCGCUCGUCCCAUCCGCUCGUCCCAUCCGCUCGGCAUCCGCUCGGCCCGAUCCCAAUGGCUUGACUUUUUGUGUGCCAAACCUCUCUACCUAUGGCCUCCGCCCCUGUCGCCGUGCCCCUGUCGUGCGUCAAGUCCCUCCAAGUCCCAUCUACUCGCCACUAAUAUCAAACUAGCCCACUCUUUGCGCUGCCCAGGCCAGAAAUUGAAGACGCCCGAGGUGGAAACGCCCGCCCGCGGGUUGCCGCCUCGACCGCCCAUUGGACUCAGUCGGUGUGGAUCCGGCCGGCCAAUCCCUCUUAACCAUGACCGCGUAGCCGCAGACGGCCGAUGGCCACUGCCAUGGAUCACGCCCUCCGUGGUCCCGCCUUUCAGCCCAGUACUUCACGUGCUUCGUCAUUUCCCGGGGUGAGUGCUGGGGCCGCCACCCCUUCCAGCCCCGCCUCCACGCCCCUCUCGGUGGGAGCCACUGAGCCAUCAACCGGGGAGGCGGAGUCGGUAACUCGGGUCUCGCCUGACCAGACCUUGACCUGCUUUUUGUGCCGAGGUUCCCUUAAAGACGCCCGCGUUUUACCCGGAUGCCUCCACACCUUCUGUUUCCCGUGUUUAGUCCAGCAUACCCGGGGCAGCCUCCAAUUCCAUUGUCCAUUUUGCUCAGAGGCUGUGGAUUUAGGUGAAAACGGAAGCCUCGAAAACUUGGCCGCCAAUCCUUUUUACAACAUGUUCGACUCGAGUAAUCUGACGGAGCCGGAUCAAUCCCUCCGCCGACCCACAGGACCUCUAGGACCGCCCCACCGCCCCGGUCCGGUCGGCCCCGCCGUGGCCGCCUAUCCUACCUCACCACCGGGCACCAUCCCCUCUCGACUCAAUGGGCCCCAUGCUUUAGGUCCUCAUGCCCUGGUCAAUGGGCUGGCCUCGCCCCUCACGGCCCGUGAUUCGUCCAAUCCUUGGAGUGGCCCGGUGGAUGCCGGUCCUGAACGCCACUCCGAUCUAGCCUGGUUGAAAAAGCCUGAAUCCAUUUGGAAAUCUUCUUUCGAUUUGGGCACGACGUUGGUGUCGGGGACCGGCGAUGGCUGGCGGCACAUUCCCAGCCAUCCCAAAGGCGCUUGGCCCGUUCAGGGACCGCUUAGACCUACACCAGAGUCUCGAGAUCUUAUGACGGGUGUGGCCCCAUCAGGUUCGAGUGGGAUGGGCCCAGGGGCUCCGGUGUGCCAAUCGUGCGACGAGCGACACACCGUCACGUCGAGAUGUCGGGACUGUAAUGAAGAUCUAUGCGACAUGUGUGUGGUAGCCCAUCAACGAGUCAAACUCACCCGAGAUCAUGUCAUUGUUCGAUAUCCGGAACGCAAUUCUUCGGGAACCACUCUACCCAUUCAUUCGGCGCUCUCGGGAUCCACCGGCUCCAGCAGUUGUCGGUCGCCCCCCACUUCCAGCUCUUCUAGUGGGAGCCAUGUCGUCCAGAGUGCUGAUGUGAUGCGUGUAUAUGCCGAUGCCGUCGAAAAAGCCAAAGGCGACAGCGAUAGGCUCAUUGUCCAAGCCAAGCACGACAUCCGCCAAAUUGAAGACACAAAGGGCUUGGUGAAUGACAUGGAAAAACGAAUUAACGCCCGAUAUCAGAGCGUAUUGCAAGAGAUUCAAGCCAUCACUCGGAAAUAUGUGACCGUGUUACAAGAACGAGAAAAGGUCCUCUUGAUGCGCUUAGACAAGAUCCGCACCGUUAAACUCAACACUCUCAAGGACCAACAGAACAUGAUGGAGAUGUCCUUGUGCCGAUUGGGAGGAGUAACCGAACAGCUUCUGGCUUGUAAUGGCUCUGGCAGAGAGAUGGCUCUCAUCGACACUUGCAAUAAGGCUAUGGAGACCAUCCGAGAAAUUCGAUUCCAAUGUGGUGGUGCUACUCCCCACGAAGAUGAGCAGAUUGAAUUUCUGGCACCAGACCCCAAAAUGCUGCAAACCUUGAGUAAUAUAGGAUACGUCGCAGGAUCUGGCUUUGCUCCACUCUCCCUUGCUGAAGGUGAUGGGUUAAAGAAAGCCAUUCUUGGGAAGGAUGUCCGAUUUCAAAUCACCAUUAAGGAUCAGUUAGGAGAGCCUAAGCUCUCGGGAUCAGAUCCAGUGAAGGUGGUGGUUCAUGCUCCGGAUGGUCGACCUGUACGCACCUCUAUAUUCGAUGUUCAGAACGGACAAUAUAGAGUUAUUUGGAAGCCUAACGUCGAGGGCGAGCACAUCGUCAGUGUGACUCUGAAAGACACUCAUGUCAUGGAUAGUCCAUUUAAGGUGACUGUCAGGGCGGGCCGUAACUACUCGAGCAUUGGGAAACCGUUGUUCAUAUUCGGCUCUCAAGGUGCACAAAACGGUCAGAUCUGCCGACCUUGGGGUGUGUGUUGCUCUAAAGAAGGGUUGAUCUUUGUUGCCGAUCGAUCGAACAAUAGGAUAAUGGUCUAUUCGAAAGAUGGCAAAUAUCAUCACAAGUUUGGAACGUCCGGCAAACUAAAUGGCCAAUUCGACCGACCUGCUAGCGUUUGCAUUGAUCGCAUGAGUCGCUUAAUUGUGGCUGACAAGGAUAACCAUCGAAUCCAAAUUUUUACCUUGGAGGGCGAGUUCAUGGAUGUUUUCGGCGAAAAGGGUUCUAAACCCGGGCAGUUCAACUACCCGUGGGAUGUGGCCUGCAACAGCAAGAGCCAGAUCCUUGUGUCUGACACGAGAAAUCACCGAAUCCAGCUGUUUUCCCCUCAAGGCGAGUUUGUUUCUAAGUACGGAUUUGAAGGUCCCAUGUGGAAGCAUUUUGAUUCUCCCAGAGGAGUUUGCUUCACGGCUGAUGACCAAGCCGUUGUCACCGACUUCAAUAACCAUCGACUUCUGGUCGUAAAAGCCGAUUUGCAGUCCGCCCAAUUCCUUGGAAAAGAGGGCUCUGAGGAUGGAAACUUCACUCGACCCAACGGUGUAUGUGUGGAUGAAGAAGGACAUCUCAUAGUGGCGGAUUCUCGAAAUGAUCGCAUUCAAAUUUUUAGCUCCUCGGGAGUAUUUAUCAGGAAGUUUGGUAUCAAAGGAACCGGUCCGGGAGAGUUUGAUCGGCCCAGUGGAGUUUGCAUCUCUCCUGACGGCCAUCUCAUUGUCGUGGAUUUCGGAAAUGACCGUGUUCAAGUCUUCUAAUGAGGGUUUCAUUUCAACAUUGAUUGGAAACCUCCACCUCUAACCUGUGUCUCCAUUAUUGUGCCCUAACUAGCCAAACCGAAAGCACACAAAACCAACGGGUAAAGAGUUCUGCUUAAUUCACCUAUCUCCGAUAUUGGACAUGUUGAACUCAAACGAACAAAACUCAGGAAGAUGUGUCGAAUAACUUAUGCCAACCCUCCAAAUGUUUCAAACCAUAAGAAAUUACUGAUUUUACCACGAAACGAAAAGACUGACCCGCAAUCGUACAGAGUCCCUUACAACAGCAACAGCAUACCUCGAGAUGAUUAUAUUAUUUCUGUUUAGUAGAACCAUGGUAGAACGCACCAUGUUCGGCAAUAUUUGAACAUUUUUAUAGAGUACGCCCGUUGAAUAGCCCGCAUUCAUUUGUCCAUUCAUGGGUCCAUUCAUGGAUGUUGUAUGGGUGAGAACCCUUGUGGAAGGAGCUUUUGCUUCAAAUCACCCUGACCAAUUAUAAUGACCCUUUGCCACAAUACCUUAAGACUGACCUCGUUUGUUUGCCGAGACUUCUUUAAGAUCGUAAGUGAUGAACAAUUAGCUCCAUUCCAGCUUUUGAAACUGUUGGCAGCGUCGUCCAAAAAAAGAGCCCAACGCUUCGAGGUACUCAUUGGGCGAGAAGUCCAAGCGAUUUGAGUUGCAAACUGAAAAACGACUUCCAAAUCCUCACAAAAAAAACUAUUUCUUUCAUCUGCCCGUAGGUCAUCAAAACAUUUUGUGAAUUUCGCUCACCCAGGGCUGAUGCAGCCGAUUUAGAUCGGUAAAUCCUUCUAGAGGUGUUCAUGCCCAGAAUUCAUAGAAUUCUCAAAUCAUAGUUUUUCCUCUAAUGGUUCUUGUAUUUUUUUUUAUUGGAAACACCACGUUAAUCGAUCAUGGACAAUAUCAUUUUGGACGACCUCGACCAUUAUUUGUCUUGUCAACCUGCCAUAAUUGGGCCAAUCCCUUAUAUUACUUACCUUAAUUUGAACCUGUUCUAUGAUAUUAUCGAAAUUACUCUAAUGAUACUGUACACCUUCACUGAAAAUGUUCUGAAUGUUUCAUGUGUGUGCAAUGAUGCCUUUUGAUGUCUCAGCUUCGAAAGAUUGCAAUGACGUUAGAUUGAUUGAUCCAGCUUUGAGCUGCAGCAACCUAUUGGUGCAAAACACGUUAAUCUUAGUCAUAAGGAACCCACAUAAGUACUAUAUUCAAAAAAUAUAUCUAUAUUAUCGCCUCCUCACUGCAAUGAGCGUUCUCGUUUGAGCUGAAGGUGUGAAACACGCAAGGGGAGGUGAACCGAUCAUUGUCCUUACACUCCGGGGGCCCUCUCAUUCUCAUUCAGUGGCAAUUUCUACACCUGGAGCGAGUUCAGCUUCUGCCACCAAUAUUGGCGUUUUUUGUCUUCUAAAUCUCUUUCUCAGGCAAGUGUUUUACAAAUCCUUGCAUUCAAGUCAAUUUGUUACCGAGCAAUGUAUUCCCGUGUUUCCCCUCCAACCCUAUUGAUUCCAAACCCUCAGACGAGCCAUGCCCGAAAAUGAUGUUGAGAGAAAAACUACUUGCUUUUUUUACAAGACCGUGUGCGUGUGCGAAUCUAAGAUGGCAUCAUGGUCCUUGUCAGACGAUGGAAUUGUGCAAAUCUGUGUAAAUGACAAAAUGUUCCAGCUAACUAUGCGUGCGUGUAAAGCAAAGCUACAAUCCCUCUGCACUAUGAAACUUGAAAAAUCUGAAAUACAGUAAUCUUCAGUUCAUCUUGUA